AUGGGGGCAUUAUUUCAGCCUAUAAAUCAAGUUAAGUUUACGAACGUUGCCAUAGUUAAAUAUAAGCAUAAGGGAAACAAAUUCGAGAUAGCAUGCUAUAAAAAUAAAAUUAUUGAUUGGAAAAAUGGUAACGAACUGAAUAUAGACGACGUUCUACAAUCACAUUUAAUUUUUACAAACAUAUCAAAAGGAGAAAUUGCUAAAAAAUCUCAACUAAAUUCAUGCUUUAAUUCUGAUGACAAUUAUGAAAUAUGUAAAACUAUAUUAGAGAAAGGUACACUACAAAUAAGUAACAGGGAAAGAACAAUUUUGAAGGAAAAAAUGUACAAAGAUAUUAUCGAAAUGUUACACGAAAUGAGUGUAAAUCCUCAAACGGGAUACCCCUUAUCAACAAACAUGAUUGAAAGCAUGAUAAAAAAUGUUGGCUAUAGUAUAAACAUAGAUGAUAGUACCAAAAAACAGGCAUUAAAAGUUUUCGAACUUUUACAUAAAGAAUAUGAAGAUGUGAUACAAAGAGCAUUUAUGAGAAUUCAGAUAAUAUGUGACGAUUUUAUAAAAAAUGAUGUAAUAAAACUUCUUAAUGAUAACAAUGCAAUUAUAGAAGAAGAUAAAAUGACUAACAACAUAAAAAGAGAAGAUGAUUUAAACCAAAAUUAUGAUACCAUACACAAAGAAAAUAUAAAUGAUCAUGAUAUAGAAAAUGAUGAGAUAAAUAAUUUAAAAGACCAAAAACAAUCCAAUUUAAGUUCAUCAAUUCAAUCAAAUAAUAGUGAAAAUGACGCUAAAAAGAACAAUCAUGAUUUUUCCUAUAACAACAAAACAGAAGUAGCCAACGAUACUUCUAAUGACAUCCUUGAUGGUUCGAAAUAUAAAGACGAAGUUCAAGUUAACGGGGACAAACACAAGGAUACAAUGAAUAAGAACAAUUUUAAUGACGAACCGAAUAAUCAUACUACUAGUGAGUAUAAAAAAGGUACUAAUAAUAAUGAAAACAGCGAAAAUAUUGACGAGAAAACAGAUAGUAUAAAAAAAAAAAAAGAUAACUUUCCUAUUGAUAAUGAAAAAACAAAUAAAGAAAAAUUUACUGAUAAUUCGAAAACAAAAACAAAACAAAAAAUAAAUAAGCACAACAUAGAAAGGAAAGGUGGCAAUUCCCAAACGUAUAAAAUUGUUUUUUUAUGUUACCCAUCUUUAUAUAGAUGUAUUGAUGAAUUUACAAAAAAAAAUAAAAGGAAUUGCUCCAGCAAAAUAUUAAGUAAUAAUGUAAAAGUAGCCACAUCGAAUAAAAAAAAAAAAAAUGAUUCAUCAACCAUACCAAAAGAAUCCGAUAAUACAAAUAAGAAAAAGGAAGAAGGAAAAAACAAAAACACAAACGAUAAAAAUAAAAAAAAUUCAAAAAAAGAGCAUAACAAUUCAAAGGAGAAUGACACUUAUAUGGAAAACUUCAAUGAUUACGAAUCAACUAUGAAUGAAAAAUUCAGUAAAAACAAUAAUUAUAUUUCUAACAAAAACGAACAAGCCAAAAAUAAAAAUUCAAAAAAUAAUGAAAUAAGCAAUAAUAGAAUUAGUAAUCAAACUGAUGAUAAAAUAAUACAAAAUCCCACAAAAGAAAAGCCAUCCAUCGAAAUGAAUCCCAAUAAUAAAACAACAGCUGAUGUGAUUAUGUGCACAAGCUGUUUAACACAAAUUGAAAAAAAUAAUUAUAAAUUACAUUGUAGAAGUGAUUUUCAUGUUUAUAAUGUAAAAAGAAAAUACAAAAAAUUGCCUCCAAUUAGCCUUGAAGAAUAUAUAGAGAUCGAUUUUGAUGUUUCACACUUUCAUGUUGAUAUGUGA